AUGGCAAAAGUCGACUUUGAAGACUUGUCCGGUACUUCCACCCCCAUCACAGCUAAUCCAUUUGAUGGCUUGAUCAACGCUUGCCAUGGUGAACCAAAACUAAUCCAAGAACGUUAUUCCCAGCAUCGCAUCAGGCGCAAUGCUCAACAGAAGGACAAAAUACUUGCAAAUGACUUCAAAGGCUGGAUUCUAGAUGAACACCUUGUCAAAUUAGACGGACCUCAAAGAGACAGCACCUAUGUCGAUCCCCGGAGCUGCCUCGUCUUUUGGGCAAGGCCGCCUGGUAAGGUGAGAACCUUGAUAGAUGUAAUACAGUCGAAGCUCAAAGACGCUGCCCCAGAUCUCUGGUUGAUGCCAUUGGAAAACCUUCAUAUGACAGUCAUGGAAGUAGCCCAUUCGAAAACAGAGGGAGAAAUCGAACAGUUGAUGGAUAUCCUCCAUGCACAUUGUAAGGAGAUUGCCGACCAUACCACGAGUCAUCGCGCACGAUUGAUCAAACCACUGUUAAGCUACGACUCCGCUGCACUGGCACUAAGCUUCGUUCCAGCCGCCGGAGAGCGUCCACCGCAGGGUCGAACGGCGGCGGAUGACGAGUACACCUACCACCACCUCCGGGGCGACACAUAUACCGCUUUGACUGAGGCAGGAGUUCAAGUGGGAUCUAGAUACGUUGUUCCUUCUGCCCAUCUCACGAUCGCGAGGUUCAAUUCACCCAACGUCUUUGGUGGAGAUCCUCUGGACGGGAAAAUUACGUUGGACCCGAAGAAACGGAGGCAUUGGAUAAGUGAGGUCGAGACCAUCAAUAAGUGGCUUGAGGCAGAAUACUGGCCGAUGGAAGACGCUAAAAUCAAGACUGGCGGAGAAUGGAUCGUCGGUGAGGAGAAAGGACUUGAUUUCCGUAAUGGAAGGCUAUGGUAUGGAGGAGGCCAGACCAUCUACUUGGGUCAAGGUUUCGUCCACGGAGAGGUGUGA